AUGGCUCCAUCAGCUACCCCUGUUCGCAUGAGCCUCACCGCAGCGGCAACCCGGGAGAUCAUCUUCGACGUCGAAGGCUACACCGCCACUAAGACGAUGUCCGACGGCCGCGGGUACUUCCAGUCCGACAAGUUCACCGUCGGCGGCUACGACUGGGCCGUCCGCUACUACCCCGAAAGUGGCGGCGUCUACGUAUCCGUCACCCUCGUGCUCCUCAGCGAGCUCAGCAAAGACGCCGGCCAUGAGGUCCGGGUCAGGUUCGUCUCCGUGCUGCAGGACAGGCACGGCGAGCGGCCGCCGGAGAGGUGGAGGAGCGCGUCGCAUGUGUUUUCAGGUUAUGGCCAAGAGUGGGGCUUCUGGAGGUACGUCACGCACGAUGUUCUGGAGGACCCCGAUUUCAUUGUGGGCGACUGCUUCACUUUGGUCUGCACCGUCUCUGUUCUUCAGAAGCCGGUCCUGGGCGGUUGA